CUUUUGUCUCUCCCCCUCACGCGAGCAAACCCUUGUUUCACUCCUCCUCCUAUUGCCGCUGUCAUUAAUCUUACUGUUCCUGAGACUCUCGUCACAUUCAACCCUGUCCCUGUUUCACUCCGCUCUGGAACAGUCGCCAUUCCUUCGACAUCGGCUGAUCUCCCCAAGCGAAACCGGUCCGCCAAUCAGUCCAAUCAAUAUCAUGGCCUUUGCGUUUGGUGCAAUCUAGAGGGUGGUUCAUCUCGAGUACUGUCACCUCGCCAUGGAACCACCCUCGACGAGGCUCCUCGUUCCUUUGUGAUUGAUUGACUGACUCUACCCGUCCUAUUUAACCGCCGGUGUGGCAUGCGCGCAAGACCAAGAUUGGGAAAUACUACAGAAUAACGACUCUGUUUGCACCACUGUUCUUCGCUCCUCGAGAUUGGAAACCGACAUAACAUCUCCUCGUUUCAUCAUUUCACCAUGUCCGAGCAUCCUUCCAAGAGUACUGGUCGACGACCAUCUCUUACCAAGCCUCCUCCGCCGGCAGCGCCGAGAAAGGCCCAGGCCACGGCCAAGAAGUCGCAAGUAGCGGCGCAUAAGUCGCACGUUAUAAUGGGCAAGCCGCAAGCUACGAUGCAGAAGCCUCAGGCGCUGGCAACAAGCCCCCAGUCGCCAGAACAGGAUCUUCAACCGCCGGAGCAAGAGCCACAAGCGCCUGCUCCCGGCAGCAUCGACGAUGAAAUCAACAAUAUAUCAAUUGCUUCUCUUACUCUCGACACCCCAUUGAUCCCGCUCCGGAAGAAGGCGCCGCGUGUUCCUGCAACGCCGUUCCACUUCCUUUCCUUGCCCUCGGAGCUGCGCGUCAAGAUAUACGAAUACUACUUCGAAGACGACGGCGAGGUCCUGGACCUGUCUCCCGAAAACUACAAGCGCAUCCACAAGAAGCUCGGCCUCAUGCGCGUCUGCAGGCUGCUCCAUGAAGAGGCAACGUACUACUACUACGGCACCCGGACCUUUCGCCUCUUCCCCACGUAUCCGGGCAAGUACUUUAAGAGCAAGCGGCCCUUGCUCGCCCGCCUCAAGCCCCGCCAGCGCGAAUGCCUCACGACCCUGGAAUUGCGCCUCGGGCCUGGGUGGAAUGCGCCACCCAAAGGGUGGGCUGUCAACGAUGCGCUCGGGCUAAAGGACUGCAUCAAUGUGCACAAGCUCAAGGUCCUUGUGGAAUGCGACCCCAGCGACGGCAUCUUCAAGGGUUUCCGUCGCUCCGAGGGCUUCUACGAGGCCUUUAGUCGCACUCUUCUUGGCAACGUCAUUGCUUCGUUGCCGGCCGUAAGCACGGUCGAGUUCGACGCCUGGUCCAGCGUCAAGAAGAAGGGCAACAUGAUGUCCGGCCUCAUCAAGGUCGCUGCCGAAGCCAAUGGCGUGACGAUCCGAUGGGGGCCCGAGCGUGGCUGGACUGACGCGGAUGAGGAAGAGGAAUUAACGGCGACUGUUGCCGGGCCUGAUCCGAAUAGACCUCUUGAGAGCGUUCCGAUCCAGGGGUUCGGAAACUCGCACAACAUCAUGGUUGUGGCGUAAUACAUACAGCAUGGAUUGGCAUGGAGCAAUGGGAAUGGGAUUUUUUGUGUACGACACCUUGUGGAAUGACUUUGACGAUGGAUCCGACUGAUUGGACUUGGCGCUUUUUUUUUAACUCUUAUUUUUAUUUUUGUUAAAUUUUUUUUUUUCUUCAACCCUUAUUUCAUGUUGGCUCUUGUUUUACAACUUCAGAGCUCCAAUGUCAGCACUCCUUUUCUCUAUCUCUGCAUAGGUAGCUCAAACAUGCCGCUCUUUCUAUAGGCAAAUUACUACUCCUGAAAC